ACUUGGCGCAACACCCUGUCAAAACACGAAACUUUCGUUAUACGUGGAUGACGCACCGCUUUGGCAACAUAUUCACACGCACACACACACAUGCAGAUACACACACACUCCGCGCCAGCCGCCAUUAGCCCACUCUGAGCGUUCAAUUUGCACAGCGUGACGUAACCAGGGCUCCGCGCUCUGCAGUGUGCGUGUGUGUGUGGUUGGGUUUGGCUGAGGUUUGAGCGAGUCUGAGCGAUAUCUCCGUUCGGCAGAGACGCAGUCAAGGAAGUGGCACUCUACCCCCGUUUAGCUACGCAUAGUUGUGUUUGUGUCGCAGUCAGAGAAACUCGUGAAGUUUUAAGAGAAGUUUGGCGCUGUGUGGGGUCGCGUCUGAAGCACAGGUAAUGGACAGAAUUGGCACCAUGAGGGAGCCUGCAGAGGAACAGGCGCCCCAGUUGCCCCAGUCCUCAAGCCAGCCACUGACAAACACGUCCCAGCAGUCCCUCACCACCAAUCAGACGGCUGCAGGCAGCUCUCUGGCCCGCCCCCAGCUGCCUCAGCGGCUCUGUGGUUGGCUGGAGAAGAGAGGCGGGCCUCUGAAGCUCUGGAAGACUCGUUGGUUCUCCCACGACGAUGGACGGAGUCUGCUGUUGUACUGGCGCACGCCGCAGGAUGCCACGCCCCUCGGACAGGUGGAGCUCUCCAGCGCCACCUUCAGCUACUCGCUGGAACCGCAAGAAGAGCAGGGAACCUUCAACAUACACACACCACAACGUACCUUCAUCCUCAAAGCUGCUAGUCAUGAGUUGAUGAUGUACUGGUUGCAGCAGCUGCAGCUCACACGAUGUCAACAAAGGACGCAGAGAGGAGACACAAACACACACACUGCUGUGGAGUUUCUUCCUCAGGUUAAAAUGCCAAUGGGUUUUGUAGGCGAAAAGGCAGCCAAUCUACCGUCUCCUGGACAAAGCAACCCACUGAACAUUUCACUCAAACACCCCAUUAUAGAGUUUCAGAACCUGUGUCUGAGGAGUAAAAGGGUUUCCCACCUGGAUCAGGCCCCCAUCCCACCUCCAACCUCCCUGGACACACCCACUCACGAUACAGCUAAUCAGGAGACAUCCUCCUUGGACACACCCACUCAUAAUACACCCAAUCAAGAAUCAACCUCCAUGGACACACCCACUCCUAAUAUAGCCAAUCAGGAGACAGCCUCCUUGGAUACACUCUCUAUGGAUACAGCAAAUCAGGAAAAAGCCUCCCUGGACACACCCACUCAUAAUAUAGCCUAUCAGGAAACAGACUCCCUGGACACACCCACUCACAAUACAGCUAAUCAGGAGACAUCCUCCUUGGACACACCCACUCAUAAUACACCCAAUCAGGAAUCAACCUUCCUGGACACACCCACUCAUAAUACACCCAAUCAGGAAUCAACCUUCCUGGACACACCCACUCAUAAUACAGCCGGUCAGGAAACAACCACCAUGGACACACCCACUCCUAAUACAGCCAAUCAGGAGACAGCCUCCUUGGAUACACUCUCUAUGGAUACAGCAAAUCAGGAAAAAGCCUCCCUGGACACACCCACUCCUAAUACAGCCAAUCAGGAGACAGCCUCCUUGGAUAUACUCUCUAUGGAUACAGUGACUCAGGAAACAGCCUCCCUGGACGCACCCACUCAUGAUACAGCCAAUCAGGAAACAGACUCCCUGUCCACACCCAGUAAGGUUAUAGCCAAUAAAAGACCAGCUUCUCUGAUCAUGCUCAGAAAGAUUUGUAUGGGGGAGUUAGUGUGCCCCCGCCCCUCCCCAAAGGCUCACAGGAGGAAGAAGGUUGUUUCUGCCACCCUACCACCUCAUCGCCAUGGAAAUGACCCCACCCCCCGCUUAGAGCUGGAAAUGUUCACCCUGGAAAAGGAGCUCAGCGAACAGAAGGAGCUGGUGUUGUCACUCUAUAGGGCGUUAGAGGCAUCCCAGAGGGAGAAGCGGGCGUGUGUAGACUUCCUGUCUGCCCCUGGCGAGGACCAGCGGCUGGAGCUGCUACGUCACCGCGAGCGACAGGUUGCUAAGCUACAGGCCGAGGCGGAUGAUCUGCACCAGCAUCUACGCGAGCGAGACGAACAGGUGUGUGAACUUCAGGAGACCCUCCAGCUGCAGCUGGAGAAAAAUCAGGCCAAGCAGGAAGUGGUGCUAAAGCUCUCCCAGCAACUUGCCGACUGGGCAAGCCACACACAUGCAGACAACACACACAGUGCCAUUGAACCGGAGGAAAAGGAGGCGUACUUAAAGCAAGAGAUCAAACAUCUGAGGGAUGAUCUAGAAGCGUACCGUACCCAGAAUAAGUUCCUGAACUCUGAGAUCCAUCAUCUGACACAACUUUGGAGGCAGAGUUCCCAACAAGAGAAGAGCCUCAUGGUGAAGUGUGCUUACUUAGAGGCCUGCAGGUGUGAGAAGGAGAGUCAGUACCUGAGUCUGCUGCAGCAGCUGAGGGAGAGCGCUGUGUUCAGUGGAACACACACACACCCACACACACACGAGGUCCGCACACUGAUAGAGGACGCACUACAGGGAGCACUGAGUCUGAGCUCUAGCAGUGAGUUUGAUGCGUAUGGCUUUAAGCUUGUGCCUGAGUACGAGUCUGCAGAUGUGAAGCUGCUGAUGAAGCUGAAUGCUGUGGAGCUGCGCAGUCGCAGUCUGCAGCAGGGGGAAGAGCGCCCCCUGGUGGCCCGCUGGGCACAGCUCCUCUCCAGCCCCUCCCAAAGCCUCUCCAGCCCCGCCCAGAUGCUCUCCCCCUCCCUGGAGCUGAAGGCCUUGCUAAGGGACGGGGUUCCGCAGGAGUUCCGCACGCGGGUCUGGCGUUGGUUGGUGUAUGUUCGCACACGGGCUGUGAGAGAACGCCACCCUGAUCGGUAUCGGCUCUUGACCCAACGCAACCAUCUGGCGCCUGGCUCCGCCUCCCAUCAGAUCCAACUGGACCUGCACCGCACCCUCACAACCAAUCAGAGGUUCAGCUCCCCCACAAGCCCCUCCCAUGAGCAGCUGCGCAGAGUCUUGCUGGCCUUCUCCUGCCACAACCCCACUGUAGGCUACUGCCAAGGACUAAACAGAUUAGCAGCAGUGGCACUGCUUGUCUUAGAGGAUGAAGAGGAGGCUUUCUGGUGUCUGGUGGCGAUAGUAGAAGCCAUCAUGCCACCAGACUACUACACCAAAACCCUCCUGGGCUACCAGAUAGAUCAGUGUGUGUUUAGGGAGCUGCUGGCUGAGAAGGUUCCCCGUGUGAGUACUUAUCUGGAAAGUCACUUGGUGGACGUGAGUCAGGUCAGCGUCAUCUGGUUCCCCGUCAUCUUUGUGGAGCUGCUGCCUAGCGACAUCCUGCUUCCUCUCUGGGAUGCCUUCCUCUACGAGGGCAGCAAGGUCAUAUUCCGCUAUGCGCUGGCCCUGCUGAAGUAUAAGGAGGAAGAGAUCCUGAAGAUGCAGGACAGCAGUGAGAUCUUCCAGUAUCUUUUCUUCUUUCCCAAGACCAUCACUGAUGCCAGGAAGUUGCGCAGCGUGGCCUUCGGUGAGUUCAACCCGUUUCCCAAGAAACAUUUGCGCAGCAGGAGGGCGUGGCAUCGCGAGCGCCUGGAGGCGGAGCUUCGUGAGAGGGAGGCCGAGAUGACGGAGCAAAGCUCCCAGCAUGCUGAGCGGCACGACAAGGCACUGGACGACCUCGCCAGUGAUGAUGACGAACUCAACUGACCUCACACUGCAAGACACACACCAGCACUUAUACAAACACAAGCACCAGCUGUGCCUGACACAGCAGCACCUUCUUCCUUUACAACACAUUUCCACAAAACCUAAGUGCCUUGCUCAGCUCAGACUCUCCCCCUCCACACACCUCUGAUGGCCUGAAUAUUGCUGUUUUCCUGUUGUGUCAGACUAAGUGCUUACAUUAUUUUGUAUCAUCUUACUCUGUAACCCAUGUCCCUUGUUAUGUACUCUGUCUUUGUCUCAGUAAGAGCCAAUAACUGAUUCAUUGACUGAAUCAUUAGCAUUCAAGUGGCUUAUGUGAGAAUUCAGGUUCUCCUGUAGCAUUUGAACUCCUUCCCCGUCCCCAGAUAGCCUCCUUCCUCCACAGCACAUGUCUGUGCUCACACUACCUGCUCUGGAACGCACACUGACUUCAGACUCAAGAGCACAAGGAGCGACCAGCCUCGCUCUCACCUGAACAUUGUAACAAUCUCAAAGACACAGCGCUAAGUUCCUGAAUGAGAUAUACCCAGUGUGUGUGUGUGUGUGUGUGUGUGUGUGUUUUAAGGCCGAUCAUCCUUACUGACAAGCAAAGAGACUAAAGUAUCCUUGAGUUUAAAGGAAUAGUAGUGACAAUUUAGUUUUAGAAGUAAAAAAUCACUCACCCCUGUUUGGCCACACUCCCUCAGUGAAACCCCUCAAAGCAAGGUGGAUUUGGAUGACAUUGUGCAAGUUUGUAUAGAGAUUGUAUUACUUUAAUGAAUAUCAAUUGGAAUCAGAACAAUCCAUCAGAAAAACAACUGUAUUAUGGAUGACUCAUAAAUAAGUUUAAAUAAAUAUUUAUAUUCUAUCACAAA